CUGCGGCGUGCCGUGUUUGUCUCUCAAUCUAACGGCAGCCAUGUAGCAAACAUGCAUUUAUGAGCAUGUUCCCAGCAUGUGCAAAAUGUGACAGAAGCAGGGCAUUGUGACGGAUAACUCCGUGAGCAAGCAAGACGAGACACGACGGUGCUUGUGAGGAAACCAGCCUUGCAUUCAAACCAACAGCGUGCCCCUGGGGCCCCUGGCCGGGCCUGCGCCAUACCGCCUGGGACGUGUAGCGCUGAGCAUUCUGGUUGGACGGCUUGGGAACGCCCGCAACCACUAUCUCGCCCAAUGCGACCCUUCGAGCUCUAGCGUGCCCACUGUCGGGGUCCAGUAAAGAAGCGAGUUUGGCUCCCAGCGCCAUCACCUGCAUAACGAAUCACGCGCUAACGCUUCCGAGUCACCCAGCGCCGCGCUUAUACACUGGAGUCUCAAGCCAGCUUCAUGCUCGCUCAACGUCGGAUCGGCCAUUAUCCAUAGAGUCUAGUCCCCACGCCGCCUUUCUGUGCCAUUAUGUCCACACCAAAAGAGGGCCUUGUCCAGCGCACUUGUGAGCAAAACGGUAAAGAUCGGAGCUGUAAGACUGAGAAGUUGUGCUUUGCGUCACAUCGCCAAGCUCCACGGAGGGGGGCAAGGCCACCAGAGAACACAACGGACGUGCACAGUUAGUCGCAACCGGAAGGACGAGCAAGAUGCCGGCCGAUUCAGGACCACCUUAUGCCUUCUCUCGUCGUAAAAUUCAGCCGAAAUAGAGCUCCCCUCUUAUGCUGGCUCGCCGAUCAGCACGAACGCCGUGCAUCUUGCCCCUCUUCGAGCUAUAUAAGUCGUUGGGAGGAGCAGCUCACUUUGAGGCUGCUUGUCAAGCCAUCCCUUCUCCCUCCCGCAGAAUACAUUGCAUCUAGUAUUAAUAAUGCUUCUCACCACUCUCAUCCCCUUGGUGUCGGUUGCCGCAGCUGUUGCUGUUCCACGGGACUUCAAAGUCCCUCCUGGCAUGUGUUGCUUUGACUUGGCGGAAGCCUCUUCAGGAUCUCCCUUGCAACAAGACAUGUACAGCGGUCUGGUCUACUUGCAUAGCGACCAAGUCAAAGGCCAGUACUGUCUGGAUCCCAACGACAAGCGCAACAUCCUCUGGGACCGUGACUUCAACGCUUGCAUCGUCAACUACUACAACAAAUUUCAAUGUCUCGACCCAACACCUGGCGAUGAUGUCUGGAGCCUGCAAAGAAAUGGCGACAAGAAGCUGCUGAUCCAUAAUGGGUCGACCGACUUCAAAGCUUGUAGCACUUCAACAAAUGCAGAAGUUCUUUCUGGGCUAAACAACACGCCAAAAGACAGCCAAUGCCGGGACCAUGUGCAGCUGCUGGCCAGCAACUUCCAGGGUUCUUGCGAUCAAUACUGACUCGACAAAGCUUGGAGGAAUCUACAACUACUGUCUUGACCGCCUUGGCUGGCGAAUUUCUUAUCUUCUUCUUGUAUGAUAGCUUUCUAUUUGGAACAUUUAUUUCUUAAUAACUUAAAAAACAGAGCAUUGCACAAAACUCAUAACUGUAUCUUCCACGUCCUGACAGUAGGGUAAAUUUGAAAUGCCUGAAAUGGAAAUUUGUGGAGACAAUUUUGCGUAGGGUUAAUAACAAAA